AUGGAGGCAGACACCACAGACCCAUGGCUCAACCCCCCUCAGAGGAGAUGGAGGCAGACACCACAGACCCAGGGCUCAACCCCCCUCAGAGGAGAUGGAGGCAGACACCACAGACCCACGGUUCAACCCCCCUCAGAGGAGAUGGAGGCAGACACCACAGACCCACGGCUCAACCCCCCCAGAGGAGAUGGAGGCAGACACCACAGACCCACGGCUCAACCCCCAGAGGAGAUGGAGGCAGACAACCACAGACCCACGGCUCAACCCCCUCAGAGGAGAUGGAGGCAGACACCACAGACCCACGGCUCAACCCCCCUCAGAGGAGAUGGAGGCAGACACCACAGACCCACGGUUCAACCCCCAGAGGAGAUGGAGGCAGACACCCCAGACCCCCGGCUCAACCCCCAGAGGAGAUGGAGGCAGACACCACAGACCCACGGCUCAACCCCCCCCAGAGGAGAUGGAGGCAGACACCACAGACCCACGGUUCAACCCCCCCAGAGGAGAUGGAGGCAGACACCACAGACCCACGGCUCAACCCCCCAGAGGGAGAUGGAGGAAGACACCACAGACCCACGGCUCAACCCCCCAGAGGAGAUGGAGGCAGACACCACAGACCCACGGCUCAACCCCCCAGAGGAGAUGGAGGCAGACAACCACAGACCCACGGCUCAACCCCCUCAGAGGAGAUGGAGGCAGACACCACAGACCCACGGCUCAACCCCCCUCAGAGGAGAUGGAGGCAGACACCACAGACCCACGGUUCAACCCCCCCAGAGGAGAUGGAGGCAGACACCACAGACCCACGGCUCAACCCCCCAGAGGAGAUGGAGGCAGACACCACAGACCCACGGCUCAACCCCCCCAGAGGAGAUGGAGGCAGACACCACAGACCCACGGUUCAACCCCCCAGAGGAGAUGGGAGGCAGACACCACAGACCCACGGCUCAACCCCCCUCAGAGGAGAUGGAGGCAGACACCACAGACCCACAGCUCAUAAACAACACUGGCCAACAGGAAAGAGUUACAACACAUGCGCCAAGACAAGGCCAACAACAGAACUACAACAUUCCAAGUGAAUCCAUCUCACUCCUCAUUGAGGGUAACCCAGAAUAA